AAUUGAAUCACACCCCAUAGAAUAGUAUAUAUCAAGCAUAUUGACAUUAAUAUAUUUAUUAACAAUAAAUUGGAGGCAACCCAACAUUUGAAGAAUUGAACCUGCCAUUAUUGUAAGUAAGAAUUGGGAAAGGAAGGAAGGAGAUGAAUCUCCCUAUCAUAGAUCUGUCCUCACCUGAUCCUCUUUCCACUGCCAUUUCCAUCCGUCAGGCGUGCAUUGAGUAUGGUUUCUUUUACCUUGUGAACCAUGGCGUGGAGAAUGACUUGGUCAAAGCCUUUGAUGAGAGUAAGAGGUUCUUCUCACUUCCACCAGGAGAGAAAAUGAAGUUGGCCCGCAAGGAAUUUAGAGGUUAUACUCCUCAGGAUCCUACUUUAGGCCUCCAUGGUGAUUCAAAAGAGAGCUAUUAUAUUGGUCCUAUGGCGGAUUCAGCAAGUGUUAAGCUGAAUCAAUGGCCUUCGGAAGAAUUACUUGAAAAUUGGAGACCAUCAAUAGAAGCCAUCUACUGGAAACUCUUUGAAGCUGGAAAAAAGUUGUAUUCUCUAAUUGCACUUUCCUUGAAUAUGGAUGAAGAUUUCUUUGAUAAGAUAGGUGCCGUGGACAAACCAUCAGCUUUUCUUCGCCUUUUGCGCUAUCCAGGUGAAAUGGGACCUCACCAAGAGAUAUGCUCUGCUCAUUCAGAUACUGGCGCGCUCACCCUCCUAAUGACUGAUGGAGUCCCAGGACUACAGAUCUGUCGGGACAAGUUAAAGGAACCACGGGUCUGGGAGGAUGUGCCUUACAUGGAGGGGGCCUUUAUUGUGAACAUCGGAGACUUGAUGGAGAGGUGGACUAAUUGUUUAUACCGGUCAACAAUGCACCGGGUUAAACGAACUGGAAAAGAACGCUAUUCGAUGGCAUUCUUCUUAGACCCUCAUCCAGACUGUGUGGUGGAAUGCCUCAAAAGUUGUUGUAGCGAAUCAUGUCCUCCAAGAUUCACUCCAAUCCGAAGUGGAGACUACAUGGAUGAAAUUUUAAGCAACACACCAGUCUGACAAGGAUUUAAAAUGCUCCAUCCUUUCAUUUAUUUAAAGAGCUUAAACUUGUAUGUGGCUGUAAACAGAAGAAGGAUGCGAGACUCACCACAAGACCUUGCUUCAUUUUAAGUCAUUUCUUGUGCAUUAUGGCUGUAGCCAUGUAAAACGGACACGUUAAUAAUGCUUGUGCUGUUUUAUUUACUGAGCACUUGAUACAAGACACUCUUAUAAAGAUCCUUUGGAAUGGGAUCAUGCUUUUAUAAAUUAUUAUAGCGCUCUUAUCAGAAUUUUAAUUUAAUUGGUGAAGUGUGCAAUAUUAUUUGA